CGAGAAACUCGGCGCGCUUGUAGUUCCAAAACCUCGCAGUAGCGUACCUGUCUGCAGUACCCUUUCCAGCGAGUUUAUUUCCUCCGAGUUUGUAUUGCACUCGUUGCAGUAGGAGGGUCCAUGUGCACAUAAUGACGUCGCUUGGCAAGUCUGUCUGACUCGCUUGCUGUUUUUAUCAGUUCUCUGCUGGAAAGCAAGAAAAUCAGAAAUCUUCAGUUCAUUGGACAAAAUGCAAAAAUAUCAAGGGAAGCUGUUUUAAUCCUGGGUCUCAGUUUUGAUGUUAUAUCACCGUUCUGCUGUUUUGGAUUACGGCUAAUGCUGGGAUGUAUACAACUGUAUACUUCUGCGAUUCAAGCUGUCAUAACUGAAACUAGUGGAUGCAUGGAAAGAGUAAAUAACAGUCGUUACACUGGGAAUAUUGGCAGGAGAAAAAAUACUGACCUGCUUAUUUUUUCCUGGCUUAUUGCUGCCCAGCAACACAGCCACCUGACUAAGUUGGAUGUCGUAAUUAAGGUGUAUCAAUGAUCCAAUGGAGACCAGAAGAUGCCAAAGGUUUUGUGAAGAAACAGACAGUGAGAAGAGAUGGGUUCAAGUGCCUCACGCUAUGGAGUACCACUGUGCAUUGGAAAAUAGCACUCAAACUGACAGCAGCAAAUUGACGACGAUACUAAACAGUAGCUGUGCUCCAGACACAACAGACAACUUUAAGGAUGGUUGUGGGAAAGAGCCGGAGCAGUCUCGGGCCUGCCUGAACCAGAAUCAGCAGUUUAUUUUCCCAGUUUCAAACAAAAAUGUUAAGUUGGAGAUGGAUUCCAAGGAACUGUCCCAGACUGUGGCUGAGUCAAUGGACUUGUACAUGAAUGCAGUGAGAGAUGCGGACUAUGGCUUUGGCCAGCAGAAUGUACAAGGAGGUCAGGCCAGCCCUGGGAAACUGUAUCCCAAUAAUGGACAACAGAGUGAGAUUUAUAAAAAUGAGGAGCAUCUGGGUUUAUCAACUUUGAGCCCAAAAUUGAAAUCACUGGGUUCUUUAAUCUCAUCCUCUUACUCUGCAGUAUCCAGAUCGUCUAAUUUGUCUUCAGCAGAGUGUCCUGCUACCAUCCCAGCCAGUUCCUCUGCUAUGGCCCCGCCUAUCUGUUGCAAUUCACAAAACUCAAACUGCACAAUGUCCAGCCCCGUUAAUAACGUUCUUGCAUCUGCAACCAGCAGCCCUUCAAACUUUGGUAAUCCUUGUACGUCGGUUAGCAGCCCCAUUAAUCAAACCUGUGGUGGAUCUAGUCUGGUUAAUAUUCAUACCAGAAAUUCUGCAGCCUGUAGUCCAACCAACACAAGCACUGUGGGUUCCCCACUUGCUAGUCCCCUAAACAUAAUGAGAUCCCCGAUUUCCAGUCCCAACAGCAUGUGCAGUGUGAAAUCUCCUGCUUCAUGUAGUGCUAACAUGAGGUCUUCUGUAUCAAGCCCUGGCAGUAACAAUAAUAAUAACUAUAUGAGAGCCUCAAUUUCUAGUCCUGCAGCCAUCAAAAAUAUGACUGUCGCUAGUCCUUCUUACAGCUCUACAGGAUUCCCUAUCGCUAGUCCUGCUAGUGGACUGGGUCUUGUUCAGAAUGACAUCCACAGUCCAAAUGAGAGAGACCAAGAGUUUAAAUGUUUUGAAUUUCCAAAAGUUGAAAAAACAGAGGGUGAAAUCUAUGAUGUUGGCCUAGAUCAGAUGAAUAGGGUGAAAUAUAUAAAAAAUGAACCACAACCAGGUUUGACUAACAUGUGUCUGUUAACUGAUAAGCCAGAUGUUCCCAGUUCACCUUUUGCAACACAGAUAAAAAGAGAAACAAACAAAGAUGGAGCUUGUCUGAAUUUUCACUAUAAUGGACAGCAACACCCUUUAAAUCAUUUCUCUGUGUCAGAAACCACCUACUUGUCCUUAAGGGAUAAUGUAGAUGAGUACAGCCUUUCUGGGAUUUUGGGACCACCUGUUCCUUCGCUGAAUGGCAAUUAUGAACUUGAUGCGUUUCCUAACAGUGUCUUGCCUAAGGGGAUUAAGCAAGAGCCUAAUGAUGGCAGCUUUUUCCAAGAGAAUAAUAACAUGCCAGCAUCGGCUAUUGUGGGUGUUAAUUCAGGUGGACAUUCAUUUCAUUACCAGAUUGGAGCGCAAGGAACAAUGUCUUUUUCACGGCAUGAUGUGAGAGACCAGUCAAACCCCCUGUUAAAUCUUAUUUCUCCUGUUACGGCGUUAAUGGAGACAUGGAAAUCACGACCUGGCCUGCCACAAAGCUCUCUGUCAUCCAGAGGUGAAGGCUAUCCGGGCCAAAGAUGCAUUCCAGAAAACAUGUCAAGCUCGUCGAUAAGAAAUUCCUCUUCCGGUUCCUCUGCCCCUGCAAAGGUGUGUUUGGUCUGUGGGGAUGAAGCAUCCGGAUGCCAUUAUGGGGUCGUUACUUGUGGCAGCUGCAAGGUUUUCUUCAAAAGAGCUGUGGAAGGUCAGCACAACUACCUGUGUGCAGGACGAAAUGACUGCAUAAUUGACAAGAUAAGAAGAAAAAACUGCCCUGCGUGUCGAGUACGAAAAUGUCUACAGGCUGGAAUGAACCUGGGAGCAAGGAAGUCAAAGAAGCUGGGGAAAUUAAAAGGGGUGAAUGAGGAGCAGCCACUGCAGAGCCCAAAGGAAGGCCAGACAUACUUGGCUUCCGAAAAGGAGUUGAAUGCCAACACCACCCUGGUCCCUCACGUACCUGGUGUUGCACCAUACCUGACUCCAUCCAUCUGCAGCAUCUUGGAAAUCAUUGAGCCGGAAGUGGUUUACGCAGGCUACGACAACACCCAGCCAGACACCGCCGACCACCUGCUCUCCAGCCUGAACCAGCUGGCAGGAAAACAGAUGAUCCGAGUUGUCAAGUGGGCAAAAGUCCUUCCAGGAUUCAGGAGCUUGCCAAUUGAGGACCAGAUCACUCUCAUUCAAUACUCCUGGAUGUGUCUUUCAUCGUUUGCCCUAAGCUGGAGGUCCUAUAAGCAUACCAAUGGCCAGAUGUUGUAUUUCGCACCAGACCUUGUUUUCAAUGAGGAGCGCAUGCGGCAGUCAGCGAUGUAUGACCUGUGCCUGGGGAUGCGCCAUGUGAGCCAGGAGUUUGUGCGUCUGCAGCUGACCUACGAGGAGUUCCUGGCCAUGAAGGUGCUCUUGCUGCUCAGCACAGUUCCCAAAGACGGUCUGAAAAACCAAGCAGCCUUUGAGGAAAUGAGGUUGAACUACAUAAAAGAACUUCGCCGAUCAGUAGGAAAGUCCACCAGCAAUUCUGGACAAACAUGGCAAAGGUUUUUCCAGCUGACCAAACUACUAGAUGCCAUGCAUGAUUUGGUGAGCAGUCUGCUAGACUUCUGCUUCUACACCUUCCGUGAGUCCCAGGCCUUGAAAGUGGAGUUCCCAGAAAUGCUGGUGGAAAUAAUCAGUGACCAGAUACCAAAGGUGGAAUCAGGCUUGACCCAGACUCUCUACUUUCACAGAAAGUGACAAAACAGAGCCUCUUCAAGAAUGGACUUUGCCUUAAAGUUGCCUGCAUUAUUCCACGCCCACAAAGGAUGGGAGAUGUUUUCUCACACUCUCAUCCAGAAGCUCUUCAGCUAAGGAAACCGUUGAGAAAGAUGAGCAUAGAAGAGUUUCUUAGAUGAUGAUGCACUGAAAAGAACUUCACACGUGACAGAACCCCCCCCCCCCCAAAGACUUCGACAAUUUUUUAAAUGGAUUUGAAGCCAUACAUAGUUUUUUUUUUCUUUUCAAAACAGACACAAAACUACACACAUCCCUUACCUCUCCCUAAAUAUUCAAAUUAGUAACUGUGGCUUUUCUAUGAUUACUGUUGUUAUUCUAAAAAGUAGGACUUUUUGCUUUGCAGUAAAUGGGACUUGCUGCAUUGCACAAAAUGACUUCAGUCUGAAGAUAGUAUUUGUGUGUUGGUAAAAAUUAAACAAGGCUCCUAUUAGGUGUUAGCAAGUAUAUUUGAGAGUAUUCCAAAGGGCUAUAGAAGUUUAUGUUCAAUGGUUAACUUAAAGAUAGAUUAUAUGAGUUUUAUUAUACAAGUCAAACAAAAUCCUUAAGAUGUAUGUAAUACACAGAUGCGCAUGAAAUUAACAUUUUAAAAAACAAAAAGCUUUUAUUGAUAUGCAAAACACAAGUAACAUACUUUAAAAUAAUAUAUAUAUAUAUUAACUGAACGACAAUCUAGUUAAUAGAAUUUGCAGGAAGUCUUUUUUAUAUUUUCCAGUUGCAUUUAGUCUUCUGCUUUGUACAGUGUCACAUUAUGAGGCUUAAAACAUACAGGUAUGAAUAGUGUGACAGAACAAAUACCACACAAAGAAGACGAGCAAAAGAGAUUUUCAAUCCUGAACCCUCAUAAACUAAAACAUGCAAUUUAACUCCACUUGCAAUAUGAAAUUCAGCCAAGUAUUUCAUGGGUUUUUACAUAUGUGUGAGUGUAUUGUACAUAAGCUUAAUCAUAAAUACCUUAUAUAUUACUAUUGUUGCUCCUUUUUUAAAACCAGUAAUUCCCAAAUUAAAACCAGCUCUCUAUGAAAAAUAGAACAAUUUGACUUUUUUUCAAGGUUCCAGCAACAAUCAUUGUAACAUUUCUACAGUAUAAGUGAGUUAUAAUGGGUUUUAUAAAACCACUUCUGAUUAAUAAUGUUUUAUAACUUGGUGCUUAUUUUGUUACCAUAAAUCAGAACUCUAUAGUACUUAAUAGUUGCUCACGUACCACAAAUAAUCUUAUGAGAAAAUCUGGAAAUUCAUAAUUUCCUGCCAAAUUUAAACAUUUUUACUGGAAGCUUCAAAUCAAGUCAAAACAUACAAAUCUGAGGCGUUAAAAAAAGUAAAAAUAAUAUCUGACAGACACCAGUAAAUCCCAUCAAUUGAAUGGUUUCCAAAGUUUAGAUCAAUAUUGUGAAAAUGAAACUGACAAAAAAUCUAGUCUCUCACAUUUUGUUGUCUGUAUCUUCUUUGUUCUCACUUUUCCACUGUUUCAGCUGUAAAAACCAGUAACAUGGACCAUUUAAUGUCUUAUGAAUGCAAGACUACCAGCCUCUAAUAGCAAGUACUGGUUAGUAUGGAAGAGUUUCAAACAAUGGCCAGUUUUGUUUGAUAACAAAGCAGGAGAGUGGGUGUUAUGGCACGGAAGGGCAAAGAGAAGCUUAUCCUGUUUUUCUUCAGGGCAGAUUUUUUAAAUUAUAGGAUUAUGUACUUCCUAUUGCCUACCUUAGAUUUGCACAGAGGAGUAAAUGUUAUAAUUGGGGCAUUAGUAUUCCUUUAUUGUACACUUCUUUUGAAAAAAAUGGUGUGGAAUAUUAAGUUCUUCUUUACCUACGGUAGUUGCUGUUGAACAUGACCUAACAAUGAGGUGCUUCAUGUUUGGUUCUUACAUUGACCCCAUUAGGGGUAGAUAACAUGUUACAGCACACCACAAACGUAAAACAAAAGUUUAAACAAGGAAAAAAAAUAAAUCACUUUUGCAGGCUUUUACAAAUUAUUUUUGCAUUUUUUGUUGAUGUUCUGUAUAUUGCUAUGUGUAUAAAUUGUGAAGGACCUGAAAUAAGCUGUAAGGAUUUUUUUUUUUAAUGAGACUAAAUGUUAAAUGGUUAAUAGGACGAAUGGGGAAGUAUUUUUGAAAGAAUUCUAUUUUGCUGGAAAAAAAAAUAUUUAAGUACUUUGUCUAAAAGAUUUUUUGUAAAGUGAAAUGUUUAUGCAUGCUUAUUUGAAGAGAUGUUUACAGUGUAUUUAAGAAGGGAAAGUUGUGCCUUUUUAUCUUCUCCAAUUUACCAUUUUACAGUAUCUGUUGUAAAUAACCACAGUGAAUCACUUUAUUGGUUAUUAUCAAGCAUUUCUAUUUUAACUUUGUGUGUUGUUUGGAUACCUGUAGUUCAUGUGGCUCCCACUAAUUACAUCCGCUGGCCUGUUGUUAGAUUUGGUUGGUAACAUGGCAAAUACAAGCCAAUGGGAGAGUUUAAGGAAAAAAUAAAAACGUGAAUGUACAAACUAUUGUGAGAGAUCCGAACUACCUGAAUGUUAGACUAAAUCCCUUGCUUAAAAAAAAGGUUAACUUAAAAAAAUCUUGCUUUGUGUAAUAUUUAAUUUAAGCCAGUAUAAAAUUGGCAAGGAACUGAAAUGCAGCUUUUCAAUUCUUACUACGUGGAAAUAAUAUAAUACAUGUGCAGCAAAUACUAAACCUGCUUUAGUUUAAAGAUUCAUUUCUUUCUUGAAGCUGAUUUCCUUUGCAUUGAAAUUAUUGGGAUGCCAGACCUAUUAAUCAGGUUUUGGUUACACAUAACACUAGCAGCAAAGAGGUGUUUUAAUGUCUGCUUUCGAAUUCUGAUUUACUUCAAAUGUGAUGAGAAUGGAAGCAACAACCUUUUACAUGCAGUCAUACUUUUUGCGUGAAGUUGUUUUUAGUCAACAAGACUGUUCUAGUUCAUCUUACACAAUAAGAUUUAACAUAGCAAAGGCAUUUCGUGAGUAAACAGAAGGUUCAAAUGUUUAAUUUUAGAAACAGAAUUCGCUAUUGAUCAUUCUGAACACUCUACAAAGUUGUUGCUCCCAACAGUGUUGUGGUCUGGCUGAACUGACAGUGCUAUGCAUAUUGUUAAACCUUUGAAUUGGAAUGUAGACAUUUUAUUAAACUUUCUGCCUUUGAUUAUUUUUUUUCACUUGCUGUUCGCUUUAUUUUGUAAUCAGUGGGUUUUCAGGUCCUAAACUUUUGAGGCUUUUUCUCAAGUACACGGCAGGAGGAUCUAAAUUGAAACAUCAAUGUGGAUCACGUUCUACAGAGUGUGGGUGUUUGGGUUUGAAUCCUUAAUCUUUGCUGAUUUUGAACCGUGGAUCUAUGCACUGGCCUUUAUCUCUAGUUCUUACAGUUUGAACUGUAGUUCUUUUAUAAAAUAAUUAAAAAGUGUCUAGCACAAGUCACAAAUGACUUUUAAGCCAUGUUUAAAAAUUAAAAAACAAAACAAAAAAUAAAUGUAUAUAAGCCUAGAAAGCCAAGGGAGGACUCUAGUGAAAAGCUCUUUUGUAUUGAUUGGUAUCUUACAAUACUAUUUACAGAAGCAAAGAUUUCACAGAGAAGAAUAAAAAAAUCAGUAUAAAUAUAGUAGCUUUUAUAUACCUAUUCAGGUAUUUGCCUGGUUUGUAUAAAUGGCUGGUCUGGCACACACAGUGUGUUCUGUAUGCAAAAUCCGACAAGGCCAUAGCAUUGUUUUCAUAGAUUGUUGUCUGCAUCAUGAUCAUGAUGAAUUUCUUGUGAUGUGAACUCUUAAGACAGGGUCCCAGUCCCAGCAGGGUUUCGAGUUAGCGGUACAAUCAUACGUUUAUGAAGACAAGAAACAACUUCAUUUAAAUCUAUCAAUCAAGUACUUUGUUAAAAGCAAUUAACUAAUGAUGUAAAACAAAAAUCUGAAUUCCCUUGAGCCCUUUAAGGACUAGUGAUACCUUAACAAAUUACUUGCUUAAAUGACCAGUAGGUUUCAGUGUACCCAAACAUCAGAAGUAGAUGGUUUAGGGCAACAUAGUGUAAAACAUUAGGGCCCAGAUUAGGGCCUUCCAGGACCAGGAUGGACCCGUCUUGAGAGGUAGUUUUACUUCGCCUUUUACAGAGACUUUUUGUGUUUUUGCUGGUAAUUGUUGAUUUGGGCCAGAGUGUCCAGUUUUUGUGAAACACAAGAUCAGUAAAAACGAUUAAGUAGAAUAUAAGUUUUAAAAAAAGGUUGUGUGGGAUCCUGUCUGGCUCAACCAGUAAAGAAAAACAUUCUGAGCAGAGGUUGAGCUCCACUGGGAUAUUAUACCUCUAUAUUCUGACAUUCAUGUUUAACAUCUAGAAUACUAUAUUAUUAGCCAUUUCUUAGGGAAAAGGUCUAGAUGGCCUUUUUUGGCUGUUGUUGAAAAAUAUGUAACGUGAGAAUCAAAAAUACAUGACGUCUCUGUUCAAAAGUGCACAUUGAAGAAUAAUCUAAAAAAUAUGUAUAUCAUUGCAGGUUCUAUUAAGCCAUGAAGUCUCACAGUCUUCAUUUAAACUAUGAACCAGUGCUCAAAGCUGUGUCUCAUUCUUUUUUGUAUUAGAUUAUGGGAAGAGCAACUAAGUCAUAUCUCCAAAACAAAACCCUUUCACAGCAUUCCUUGUUCAUUAUUAAUUUGCUUUUGUAUUUUGCACUAUUUUUUUGUCCAAUGCUUUGUACAAUAUUUGUUUAGUAUUAUUCAUAAUACGUCUUUCAUUAAAACUGCCACAUAAAAAUAGCUCAUACAGAUGAUAUAUCUUUAAGCAGAUGUCUAUAACGUGUUUGCAGAAAUAUGAUGGGAUUCCAAUAAAUCCAUUAACCAAUAAA